AUGAUGGGGGAGUUGGAGAUUUCCAUCAUGGCGGCUUCCAUUUCGGGCUACACCUUCAGCGCUGUGUGUUUCCACAGCGCCAACAGCAACGCCGACCACGAAGGGUUUUUGCUGGGAGAGGUGAGACAAGAGGAGACCUUCAGCAUCAGCGACUCACAGAUCAGCAGCACGGAGUUCCUGCAAGUCAUCGAAAUCCAUAACCAUCAGCCUUGUUCGAAACUUUUUAGUUUUUAUGACUAUGCAAGCAAAGUUAAUGAAGAGAGUUUGGACAGGAUUCUCAAAGACCGGAGAAAGAAGGUCAUCGGGUGGUACAGGUUCCGGCGGAACACGCAGCAGCAGAUGUCCUACAGGGAGCAGGUCCUGCACAAGCAGCUCACCCGCAUCCUCGGGGUGCCCGACCUCGUCUUCCUGCUCUUCAGCUUCAUCUCCACCGCCAACAACUCCACUCACGCUUUAGAAUACGUGCUCUUCAGACCAAAUCGGAGGUAUAAUCAGAGGAUAUCCCUGGCUAUUCCCAACCUCGGCAACACCAGCCAGCAGGAGUACAAAGUGUCCUCAGUGCCAAAUACUUCUCAGAGUUAUGCCAAAGUUAUUAAAGAACACGGUACGGACUUCUUUGACAAGGACGGGGUGAUGAAAGACAUCAGGGCGAUUUAUCAGGUCUACAACGCGCUCCAGGAGAAAGUGCAGGCAGUGUGCGCAGAUGUGGAAAAGAGUGAGCGGGUCGUCGAAUCUUACCAAGCGGAAGUGAGCAAAUUAAGAAGACAAGUAACUCAGAGGAAGAACGAAAAGGAACAAGAAAGAAGACUGCAGCAGGCGGUGAUGAACAGGCAGGUGCCGGCCGAGAGCCCGGAGCCCGCGCUCAGCCCGCGGUCGCCCUGCGCGGGGCCUGCCACGGAAGGCAGAGGUGCGCUGGCAGACGCGGAGGCCGCGGGUCCCCCUCCCCCCUACUCCGAUCUCCACCCAAGCAAUCAAGAAAGUACUCUGAGCCAUUCUCGCGUGGAGACCAGCGUCUUUAUGCCUCGACCUCAAGCCGUGGGCUCCUCCAGCUACGCGCCCAGCAGCGCCGGACUGAAGCACUCGGGGGCUGGAGCGGACCCCCCUCCUCCCCAGGGGGCGGCCGGAGACAGUGCGGAGGAGUCGGACGACAGCGACUACGAGAAUUUGAUCGACCCGACGGAGCCCUCGAACAGCGAAUGCCCCCACGCGAGGGAUUCUCGGCCCAUGACACAUCCCGACGGGGGCUCCAGGAACCCUCAGACGUCCCAGAUUUAGCCGCCCGGAAGACGCGCCCCCCUUGGCACUGUUGUCUUCGUCGCCCACUCAGAGAGGCUUUUCCAGGACUCGGUCUGGAGGGGAACUGCUUUCUCAGGCCCCCGGGCUCCCAGAGAGCCCCGGGCGGGCGCCGAGCCGGGAGGGGCCUCGCCCGGGGGGGCCUCGCCCGCGGGCGCCGUCGCCGUCGCCGUCGCCGUCGCGUCGGUGUCACGGCAGAGUCAUUGAGAUAAUCAGAUUGUCCCAAUUCUGGUGCGAUUCACGGACGUCCUGGUAAAUUUAGGCAAAGAGAAACUGAUCAGCGUAGUUUCUGUUCUUGACAAUAAAUUGGUAAUUAGAGACUAAGCACAAUUAGUCUAUAAUUGUUCUAUAAAUCAAAAACUUACCUCUUGCACUAUCAUGCCUUGAAAUUUACUUUUUCAAAGGGAAAUGAGUUUAGCAGCAGCCUUCAAAGACCCUUCUUUCUAUGAUGAGCCAAAUUCAUCUUUGCCGGAAAAGAAGUUUUGACCGUCCUAAGGAGCCUGGUUGGAACACACCGGAUGUCGCUUCUCUUGUCUGCGUGACUCUGAGGCCGACAGAGACGGCUUUGUUUCCACUUUUCUACUAGCCUGAUGCGUGUUGUCACUUAAAAUGGUUGCCUUCGAAAACAUGUAGAAAUACUAACUACCAGUAAGUAAUCAUCCAAACAAGUAUGUCAUAAAAUAAAUCACUGAUUUUUCUUUGGCGGAAUCACGCUGACUGCUGUGUUGCACCAGCCCCACCUCCGGUCUCCAUGCCGGAGUCCUAAGCAAGGGGCGCUCAGCAGCAGGUCCCAGAAAGGGGUGGCGUCCCCGGCCUGAGGUGUGUGACACACAGACUCCAGACGCAGCGGGUUUAGCUGAGUUCCUACGUAAGGGGUACAACUCACUUAGACCUUCUGACAAAUCCUGGUGUUCGUUUUGUUUGUGGAGGAAGGACGUUCCAUAGGCUGUCUGAGAAUGUCGGUGAACGAAUAUCCGUUUUAAGUCUGAAUAACCAUGCUUGUUUUUAAGCGGCCCUUGGGAGGGUAAUUGUGGAAUGUGUUGAGACUUCCCGUCGGGAUGCACUGCGUUUUUAUUUAAUGAGUGCUCGUCUCCUCGUUUGCCCAGAACGUGUGAAACCGCUGUAGACGUUCAUGAGCAUCUCAGGCUCCUGGUUCGGGGACGACGAGACCCACCGUUUACGGCGAGGUCAGCCCACGAAGCGGAUGCUUUGGAACGUAAUUGCCUUUCCUCCGGACUAGUGAAAACCUGGGGAAAUAGGGAAGUCGUCAGAGAGGCCCGCAGUCCAGGUUCUGAAAGAGUAGUUUCAUUCUGUACAAGAGAGGUUUCCCCCCUGAGCCAGGCCCAGCGCGAAACCAGACCGCACGGACUGAAAGCGGAACCCCGAAACUGCCGUUCGUUCGAUGUCCGCUCGGCGGGGUCUGUGUUUUCUGGUCUCCCGCUCCACUGGCCUCAAACCACUGCCGUCCGAUCGCAAACGCCGCAGACCCCUUGUCUGCAAACGCGCCCCGUUUCCUCAGCGCCUCCUAGGGCUUCCACACCAGUGCGAGUUUGGUUUUCUGUGAAGUGCCAUUGCCAUCUCCCCCGUCCCCACUUUGACAUUCAGGAAUAUAUUUUUGUUUUAUGCCAUACUGAAGUCUACAAUGUAUAUCUGACGAAGCAGUUAAAUGUGACAAUAAAAGCUUAUUUAAUCAUGGUA